AUGGCGGCGCUGGCGGAGGAGCAGACGGAGGUGGCGGUCAAGCUGGAGCCGGAGGGACCGCCGACUCUGCUACCUCCCCAGGCGGGCGACGGCGCGGCUGUCGGGCAGAGGGAUGGAGAGGCGGGGAGCUCGGGCUUUUGCUUCCCUUCCUCGGGCUUCGAAGCCUGGGUAGUGCGCAUCGACACGAACGUUGGAAGUGUAGCUGUGGAAGACCAGCCAGAUGUCAGUGCUGUAUUGUCUGCCUACAAUCAACAAGGAGACCCUACAAUGUAUGAAGAAUACUAUAGUGGACUGAAACACUUCAUUGAAUGUUCCUUGGACUGCCAUCGAGCAGAACUAUCCCAACUCUUUUAUCCUCUGUUUGUACACAUGUACUUGGAGCUAGUCUAUAAUCAACAUGAGAAUGAAGCAAAGUCAUUCUUUGAGAAGUUCCAUGGAGAUCAGGAAUGUUAUUACCAGGAUGACCUACGAGUAUUAUCUAGUCUUACCAAAAAGGAACACAUGAAAGGGAAUGAAACCAUGUUGGAUUUUCGAACAAGUAAAUUUGUUCUGCGUAUUUCCCGUGACUCGUACCAACUCUUGAAGAGGCAUCUUCAGGAGAAACAGAACAAUCAGAUAUGGAACAUAGUUCAGGAGCACCUCUACAUUGACAUCUUUGAUGGGAUGCCGCGUAGUAAGCAACAGAUAGAUGCGAUGGUGGGAAGUUUGGCAGGAGAGGCUAAACGAGAGGCAAACAAAUCAAAGGUAUUUUUUGGUUUAUUAAAAGAACCAGAAAUAGAGGUGCCUUUGGAUGAUGAGGAUGAAGAGGGAGAAAAUGAAGAAGGAAAACCUAAAAAAAAGAAGCCUAAAAAAGAUAGUAUUGGAUCCAAAAGCAAAAAACAAGAUCCCAAUGCUCCACCUCAAAACAGAAUCCCUCUUCCUGAGUUAAAAGAUUCAGAUAAGUUGGAUAAGAUAAUGAAUAUGAAAGAAACCACCAAACGAGUCCGCCUGGGGCCAGACUGCUUACCCUCCAUCUGUUUCUAUACAUUCCUCAAUGCUUACCAGGGCCUCACUGCAGUGGACGUCACUGAUGACUCUAGUCUGAUUGCUGGAGGUUUUGCAGAUUCAACUGUCAGAGUGUGGUCUGUGACACCCAAAAAGCUUCGUACGGUCAAACAAGCAGCAGAUCUUAGCCUCAUAGACAAAGAAUCAGAUGAUGUCUUAGAAAGAAUCAUGGAUGAGAAAACCGCAAGUGAGUUGAAGAUUUUGUAUGGUCACAGUGGGCCUGUCUAUGGAGCCAGCUUCAGUCCAGAUAGGAACUAUCUACUUUCCUCUUCGGAGGAUGGAACUGUUAGACUGUGGAGCCUCCAGACAUUUACUUGCUUGGUGGGAUAUAAAGGACACAACUACCCUGUGUGGGACACACAGUUUUCUCCGUAUGGAUAUUAUUUUGUGUCAGGGGGCCAUGACCGAGUAGCUCGGCUCUGGGCUACAGACCAUUAUCAGCCCUUAAGGAUAUUUGCUGGUCAUCUUGCUGAUGUGAAUUGUACGAGAUUCCAUCCAAACUCAAAUUACGUUGCUACGGGAUCUGCAGAUAGAACCGUGCGGCUCUGGGAUGUUCUGAAUGGUAACUGUGUAAGGAUCUUCACUGGACACAAGGGACCAAUUCAUUCCUUGACAUUUUCUCCCAAUGGGAGAUUCCUGGCUACAGGAGCAACAGAUGGCAGAGUACUCCUUUGGGAUAUUGGACAUGGUUUGAUGGUUGGAGAAUUAAAAGGCCACACUGACACAGUCUGUUCACUUAGGUUUAGUAGAGAUGGUGAAAUUUUGGCAUCAGGGUCAAUGGAUAACACAGUCCGGUUGUGGGAUGCCAUCAAAGCAUUUGAAGAUUUAGAGACUGAUGACUUUACUACAGCUACUGGGCAUAUAAAUUUACCUGAGAAUUCACAGGAGUUACUGUUGGGUACAUAUAUGACCAAAUCAACACCAGUUGUACACCUCCAUUUUACUCGAAGAAACCUGGUUCUAGCUGCAGGAGCUUAUAGUCCACAAUAAACCAUCGGUAUUAAAAGACUUUGGAAGCUACUGUUUGAAAAAAGGGAGUCUAAAAAGCAAAUACCUCAGUGAUUAAUAAUUUAAGCUACAAAGAAUGUUUGUCUAUAUGAAUCUGGAAGUAUGCUGCUUGGAAAAUCUGAACAGUGCAGUUCCACGUUUCUAUAGCAACCACAUUUAACUAAUUUCCGUUAGUUGAAGAAGAGGUAUUAUGUUCAUGGAGGGGACAUUUAUGGUGCUUUGGAUUGUGUGGAAACUAUGCAUUUUCUGUUCAAAUGCUAUUUUAAUUUAUUAUGUUUAGAAAAAAAUUGAUUUAACUUCAUCCUGCUUCAAGAUCAAAUUAAGAAAUAUGAAUUUUAGCUGAAGAAUUCUAUGAGCAUGUAUGUUUCUGCUGUGAAGUUACGAUAUGGCACUCAAGUGCUAUGUUAAGUGAUCCACUAACAUUUUUUGUUGGCCUGUGAUUGGUGGAAUGUAUGUAACUAGGCAGGGUAAACUACAAUUCCUUCCUAAGUUUAGAUGAAGUACAACCAUCCACUAACAUCUCGAUUUACACCUGUUUUGAGUGCACUCAAACAUUGUAUAUCAGGUGAAGAAACUUAGCUUCCAUGUUCUACUUCAGCUAAAAUGGCUCCGUAAAACCUAGUACACUUGAAGUCAGACAGACAUUUCAGUUGCUUACCUCCAGUACUGAGCCUUGCUUUGGAAAACUA